ACGACACCUGUUGAGACACCCCCUUUUUCGCCUUAUAAGAAAGCCUCGCCCGUGCAGGUAACACACAAGCUUCACACACAGCAUUACAGCCUAAAAUUGAUCGAGGGCACCAUGCGUUUCAACACGCCACUCAUCCUCUUGGUCUUAUCAUGCCUGAGUUUGGCAAUGGCCCAAGUGUCCUACGAUGACUGCUGCCUGAUGUACGUCAAAGAGCUCGGCAAAAAGACUCAGGAGCGUGCGGUCAAGUACCGAAUUCAGGAGACGGACGGAGGCUGCAACAUCCGCGCUGUCAUCUUCACCAUGCGGAAAGGCCGCGUGUACUGCUGCGACCCGCAAGAGAUGUGGGUGCAAGAGCUGAUGGCCAGCAUUGACAAGAAAGCCGUCAAACACGUCAAAAGGACUGGCCAAAAGCACAUCAAGGGUCGCUUGUUCGGUUGAGUGAGACCUCGGCCUCUUGGAGAGAAGGACACCCGCAUUUUUACUUUGACUUUUGACUGUUUUGCAUUGACUGGACUUUUUUAUUAUGACGCCGUGUGACUAUUGGCUAACGAAACACUUUAUGUGAAAGUGGAAACCAUAAAAUGUGAAUCUGAAAACGAGCCCGAGCUGAAGCAUUUUGAUAAUAAACCUGCCUAGCAACUCAAA